UAAAAGAAUUGGAAUUUUCGGAUCUUCGGCUCCAAAGCUUCGUUAGGGCUUCGGGUUUGCUCCACUCUCUCUUGCAGGGAAUCUCCGAUGGCUUCCCUCUUCAAGGACCCGAAUAAGCUGUCCGCGUACAGGGAUAGAAGGUUUUCCGGUACGCAGGAGGAAUUCGACGAGGCGCUGCUGAACUCAACCACUAUUUAUGUGGGGAACAUGUCUUUUUACACGACGGAGGAGCAAGUUUACGAGCUGUUCACUCGUGCCGGAGAGAUUAAGAAGAUUGUCAUGGGUUUGGACAAGAACGGCAAAACCCCUUGCGGCUUCUGCUUCAUAAUGUACUACUCCAGAGAAGAUGCUGAAGAUUCUGUUAAAUAUAUCAGUGGAACUAUCCUCGACGACCGUCCUAUUCGUGUCGACUUUGAUUGGGGGUUUCAAGAAGGCAGACAAUGGGGCCGUGGUCGAAGUGGUGGACAGGUGCGGGAUGAAUAUCGUACCGACUAUGAUCCAGGUAGAGGUGGUUAUGGUAAAUUAGUCCAGAAAGAAUUGGAAGCACAGAGGCAGCUAGUGGAUUAUGGUGCUGGAUCAUUGGGUUCAUUUCAACCUAUUUUGGCACCUACCUAUGGUGGUGGUAGACAUGGUGGGAAUUAUGGUCAUGGCGGCAACAAUCGGCAUGGCAGAGGAGAUUUCCCCCGUAAGAGACAAAGAGAAGACGACAGGCGGGGCCCAGAUUUCACCAGGAGAAAGUCAGACUUCGUAUAUCGUAGAAACCCAGACAAUGAACCCAGACCUGAGAAGAAUCCACGAUUUCGAGAGAGUGGUGAUUCUGAUGACGAUGAAGAUGAUGAUCGUAAGGGAUCCACCUAAUCAAUUUCGUGGUGGCAGUGCAGAAGAACUAUGUUCAGCUCUAUGUUGUACGAAGAAGAAGCAUUACUGAUUAACUUAUUUUCUUGCAAACUUCAUGUUUCGUAUAAAUAUACGAGGGUUGAGCUAAACUGCUCUAGAUUAGUCACUUUGUUCCUAUUUGAUUUUGAUAUUUGUGUUGUAAUUAUGCAUAAUUAUUAUUUGUUGAAAUUAUUGUAUCUCUCUACUAUAGACUUUUAGAUGGCAGAUGAAUGCAGUCGAUUCCUUAAGAUUUUGAUUC